AUGUUGCCACGCCCUCUGUCACCCCCUUUGAAGGCUGUGGAUGCUUUGAUUAUAGCUCCAAGGACCAAUUGGAUUGUCCAAGUCGAUUCAAAAUCAAAUCUCCCCUUUUAUCAUAACUUUGUGACUAAAGAGACGACGUGGGACCUUCCAGAUGAGUAUCAGUCCUACCUUGACGCCUACAAGACAUAUCUUCAGCAUAAAAAUGACCAAUCAGUGGUGAAGGAGGAGGAGAAGAAGGAAAGUCCAGUUCUCAUACUACCCGAAGGAAAUGCCCGAAAACGGCGUCGCAUUAAACGCGCCUUCAUGCGUGCAAAUGCAGGAGGGGCGAACCUUUCAGAUGCACCUGUGGAAUUUCUUUCGGAGUACAUCGCAUAUAGCGACUCUUCCUCGGAAGAUGAGUCAUUAGAUUCAAAAAGGUCUUCGCAAACACCAACCAUCAACGAACCUAUGGAAGUGAUAAACGAGACCCCGGAAUCAUCAAAAGUGUUCAUCGGUCCUCAACUGCCUUCAUCAUCGCCAGAGUGUGAGGUCAUGUCUUCAAGCCCUGAUGAAUUGGGUAAAAUGCUCCUGAACAAGUUUGCUAUCGUUUGCACCGAUUCCGACAAGCUCUCGCGUCUUCAAGUUGUGCGUAUCCAAUUCACUACGCGAUUCGAGGAUUGGAAGGCCGGACAUCUUUCGGACGCCCGGUACAAGGAAAAGCUAGAAGAAGUUAGUAAUUUCCUACGUGAAUAUGAACAAGGCAUGCAACUUAAAACGUCGAGACAAUGCUCCAGCACAAUGACUUCACCUCCAAUUUACCGAAGCGAAUCUGCCAUACAUGAUCAAGUAAAGGAGGUACUCAUUACUUUCAUCACCGCACCAAUGCUCAUAUUUCCGUUUUGUUCAGAAAAGCAUGAGAACCACACCACUCGAUGUGGGUGA